AUGGACAUCCUGCAAAGGUACGAGGGGCAAAAGAGCGUUGUCAGCUACAAUUCAGUUGCCACUGCGUGUGGGCAAGCCAUGCAGUGGCUUGAGGCAGUUGCCUUGCUGUCUUUGUCAAGUCAGGCGUUGCAAGAGCUGGAUUGCUACAGUUACACUGCAAUCAUCAGCGCAUCCGAGACACUUGCGUGGAGGCAGGCCUGGUAUUUCUUCAGCUUGCAAGAUGACAUGCCCACUGCCACCGUCGAAGCCUUCAACUCAGCUCUGAGCUGCGCCAAAUGGCAGGCAGCCCUGGAGGUCCUAGGAAGAAUCAAGGGAAGAUGUUUGGUUCCCACCUUGGUUUCAUUCAAUGCCACCAGCUCAGCAUGUGCCCGUGCCGUUGCAUGGGCCCAUGCGGUUGGGCUCCUAUCUGCCAUGAUCACCUUACGCCUGGAUGCCACCGUGCCCAGCUGUGCAGCAGCUGCCACGUCCUGCAUCCGCAGCCAGAACUUCCUGCCAGCGCUGCAGUUCCUGGCGCGGAUCAGUUGGUUCGCGCUCAAGCGAUGCCUUGUUUCGGAUGAAAACCAGCUUCUGGUGGCCCUGAAUUUGCUGCAGCAGAUGCAUGCCAAAUCUUUACCAUUGGAUACAGGCUCCUACAACUACCUGAUUUUGGCCCUCCUUCGAGUUGGCGCCAGCGAGUGGGCCGUGCACCUGGUGCAGCGGGCCAUCGCGGACAAAGUUUUCGUAAAAGUCCGGCCCCAGUUUCUGGAUCUGCACGGGAUGUCCGGCCCAGUAGCCAGGUUUUGCUUGCUGCUAACCUUGCGCGAUGAAGCGUUGCGCGCAUCUUCCAAACCUCUGAAGGUUAUCACCGGCAUUGGCAAGCACAGUGAUGGUGCGCCGAAAGUGAAGCCAGAGGUCUUAUCUGUUUGCCAGGAGCUUCGGCUCCCUGCCAGGCUCUCGCAGGAUGAAGGCUCUGUCCAGGUGAGCUCAAAACACUUGACCUCGACCUUGGCGGGCCAAGUUCAGCGCUUGCUUUCGGAGCAGGAGCUGAGGCGCCACUAUGCCAGCCUUCCCUUGAUCGAUUGGGAUGAAGCGGUUCAAGUGGCUGUACGCGCGGCCUUCCAGCCCCAUGCGGUGUGGUCUGAGGAUGCGCCCGAGGCCCUGGGUCCGCCAUCGCUGGCCCUGGCGGCGGCGCCCUUCUGGGCCUUGGCCACCGCGGACGCGAGCUGCUGCGGCAUCCGAGAGCUGCUGAAGCCCUUGGUGACGCCUGAGGCUUCGGACCUUGCAAAGGCUGUCCCGCCGUGGCUGCCCUUCGUGACCUUCGCCAGCCUGCUGGGCCACUCAAAGGCCUGGCGCGAUGAGACCUGCCGAGAGCUCUUGGAGCAGUAUGUGGACAGACAUCUCAGGAGCAGCCCAUCAUGGAAAGACUAUCUGAGCCAAGAAUGGAUCUCCGAGCUGAUGCGCGGUCUCUGCGACCGCCUUGCGAAGAUAUUUUUGGAGGAGUCCUUCAUGGACACUCUUUUGGCCAGCACUUUGUGGUCCUUUUCUGCCUGCUUCAUGCCGCCCGCGUGUCGGGCAGCCUGCUGGGGUGAAGAUGCCACCCUCCUGCGUUUCUUGGAUCGAGCUUUGGCCUGUGAGUCUUCCCGUCUGCUGUGGCAGCUGGAAGAUUAUGCGGCGCCUGAGGGUGCGGCAUCCAGACUGGGGAAGACCAACGCAAGGACAUGGCCUCGUGCAAUCGCUGCGCGAAGUGCUGGCGCUGGUGGGUUUGGCACCCAGUUGCCGCAGAGCAUGUACACUGCUUGCGUUCCGGGCCGCUAUGGCCGUGAAUGUCAACAUGUAUGCGCUUGCGCGGAGUAUGAGGAGUGUGAGGAUGGUCCUUCUGGAAGCGGUGAGUGUAGCUGCAUGGCGGGCGAGGAGGUUCGAUGUGGUCUUCCAACACCACCGGAAGGUCCAAGUUCGGGUGUAGGCAUUGGCAGCGCAAGACAACUGGUCUUUCAGAACCUGACUCUCGAAGCUCUGCCUCUGGAUCCGGACAGCUCCCGGCGAUCACGGCAGGUGUUCAAUGCCUCAAUCUCUUUGACCAGGCCUCAACCCUUUCAUGGAGAAAUUCGCUUGGUCCUGCUGAAUCACCAGGUGGCGAGGAGGCUUGGCUUGGCGCCACAAGUUGGGGAUGAGGACUUGCUAAAGCUUCUAAGUGGCCGGCAGUUGCCAAGCACAGCUCAGCCAUUUGCACAUGCAUACGGCGGACACCAGUUCGGUUCCUGGUCGGGUCAGUUGGGCGAUGGCCGUGCCAUGUCUCUCGGCCAUGUGCUGGGCUUCGCACCCGACGACCCGGUGACAGAGACCUGGAUCCGCUGGUGGCCGUGGGAACUGUCACUGAAAGGUGCGGGCAAGACCCCCUACAGCCGUGGGGGGGAUGGCCGAGCAGCGUUGUCGAACGCAGCACGGGAGUUCUUUGCGCCAAUCUUCUUGGAGUCCAUGGGCGUUCCCGUGUGUGGCACCUUGGCGGUGGUGGGAAGCGACAGUGAGGAGGACCGCUUGAUGCGGGACGAGUGGUAUUCCGGCCAGAUGUCCAUGAAGAAAGCGGCCAUCACGUCCCGGGUGAUGCCCAGUUUCCUGCGUUUCGGCUCUGCUCAGCUGGCAGCGAAGCGACAGGGCGUGGCCGGCCUAACGCACUUGGCGCGCCAUGCGCUGGACGUGCUGUCUCGAAUGGAGCGGCACGAUGAUGCGAGCGUGAAGUACUUGCAACGCUUGAGGCAGCCGGUGCCAAAGGCCUUGCGCCGGGACUGUUUCUUCGUUGCGUUAGAUCCACCCAGCUGUGCGGGACAAGUCGGAGAAGUCCUGGGAGGUCAGGAAGUCUUGCGCUGCUUGUUACAACGCUUGGUGCAACGCACGGCUGCCUUGGUGGCGGCUUGGAUGGCGGUUGGCUUUGCGCAUGGUGUGAUGAACACCGACAAUCUCAGCCUGUUGGGUACCACGGUGGACUUGAAUGUGUUUGGCUUCUUGUCGAAGUACGAUCCCUCGUGGGCACCCAACCACAUUGACGACACGGCACGGUACGCCUUUGGCGCCCAGCCAGAAAUCGCCAAAUGGAACCUGCAAAGGCUCAGUGACGCCCUGACGGGCACCCCAUUCCUGGCGGACCGAGAGCCGGACGCCAUGAAGUGGAGCACGCCAGGAGAGUGGCUUGAUGCGUCCAUUGCCGCGCAAGAAGUGGACAACUUUGAUCAACAUUUCGAGCGCUGCUUUGUGGCGCGGAUGGAGGUGAGGUUGGGCCUCCCUGCCACCGGCUUGCCCUGUGCGGCUGGAGUCUCCGGUGGUUGUGUGGUGAAGCAUUGGGUGCAGUGGCUGGAACGAACAGGUGCUGAUUACCCUCGUGCCAGCAGAGGCUUGUCGGACGUCUUGGAAGCUGACGCUGAGCGUGCUUCGAAUGCUGCUGAGCGUUUGGCGGAGCAUGCAGGUGCCAACAGCACCACUGGAUUGGUUGAGAUCCUGCAAGAGCUGCGGCAGCUCCAAGACCAACUGCAGUUGGUGCCGGCCAUCCGCGCAGCGGUGCCCAAGCUGAGCUUGCGCAGCCACGUGCUGGCAGAGGCAGCCAAGUUGGUGGAGAUCCAACGGCCAGGUUCCAAAGCGAGACAGUUCCUGAAGCUGCUGCAGCGGCUUCUGGAGGAACCUUUUCAAGAGGUGGAAGCUGUAGUCGAGGUUGAUGAUCCCAAAGGUUUUUGGCAAAAGACGGACCUCCAUGCUGAAGAGCCUGAGGAUGAAGACCUGCCCCGUAGGCUCCAGGAACGUCUCUAUGCCAUGCCUCCAGAGUCCCUGAAGCAGCUGAGAACCAGCUGUGGCAUGGCGGAACCCAUCUGGCAUUCCAGUCGCGGGGUGAGCUCCGUACGCCGCGAGGGCGUGCUGGAGCUGCACCGACGUUUCUUCGUGGAAAAGCGAGGUAUGGAUGGUAUCGAUGAGCUCAUCGAGGCACGUGCCAAAGAAGGUCUGAAGAAGGAUCGGGCUCACAUGCGAGAACACCGGGCCAAGCUACAAAAGCUGGAAGCUGAAAUGGAAGACAAGUUGAAGAAUGCCCUCCUCCAUGGGUCCACGAGCAUUUGGACCGAUGAAGAGCGCGAGAAACUCCGGGCUCGGAACUCGAAAGAGGCCCAACAGAAGAUGUCCCAGAAUAUGAAGGUUCUGGAGCGCUCCUUCCGCGAGGAUAAAGGCGCUAUGACUGAAAGGGUCAGAUCCAGACCUCCUUUGAAUGUGCGAAGCCAGGAUGAGAUGUCUGGACUCUUUGUGUAUCAUCCCGAGGCUGCGAAGCAGCUCGAGCAACGUAUCAAGGAGUUGGCUUCGUCCUAUCGCGAGGAAAAGGCUGCCAUGACUGCGCGCCUUGAGUCCUCCAAGAGGAACACCUCGCGGUGGAGCGAAGAGAAGCAGGUGAGAUGGGCUGGAAUGUCUACCUUGGACCCCAGCUACACUGGCUACACUUGCACAGACCUUUCAGAAAUUCUUUGA